CGCGUCACGCGACGUUCGAGUUCUUGUGGCGAUCUCAAUUGUGGACUAGGACCGCUGCUGCUUCUUUACUCUCUUCCUCCACCCGCACCGUUUCGCAAUGUCUUCCACAGGAGAUGCAGCCAUGAACGAAGCAUCUGCUGACGAAAAGCCCUACACCGCACCGCCGAUGACGGUCCAACAAGAAGACGGUAUCAUACACACCAGAAUCACCAAUGACGAGAAGGCAUUGCGUCGUGUGACCCGCAAGUUCCAUAGCUACACGUCUCUCGCAUACACCGCUGGGCCAGACCCGACGCCGGCAACGUCGACAGUGGACGAUGCGCGCGAGGCAUUCCUCGUGGAGCUCGCGUCGUUCCACCUAUCUCUGCAGAAGAAUUUGAUGGUGUGUGAGGCGGAGGCGAGGCAGGUGGAGGAAUAUCAGAGGGAGCGAGAACGAAUAGCCUCGGACCAUGCGCGACUCAGAAGCGAGAUUGAACGCCUAAAAACAGACUUGGAGGACGCCCAGUUACAGAGGAAACGGAAGAUUGAAUACGACGCUAUUGCGGAGAAGAUCAAUACACUGCCUAGUAGAGAUGAGCUUCAACGGACUCUUGAAGCCCUUGAGAAUGACAUGGCUGCUAUCCGAUCCGAACAUGAGCACCAGACGCAUACCAUUCAAGCCCAGAAAACAGCCUUGGACUCUGUGAUCGUGGACCUGAAUCAACUUCGCGUUCUGGGCAAGCAAGAUCCCGCAGAUGUCUCCAGACCUUCCACGCCUCCACCCGAGAUCACUGCGCCCGACGAAGACGUCGACAUGGACGGUUCCGCGAGCGUGCGCACACGCGAGGAGUCGGGCGAGCUGAAGGAGGACAACUUCAGGGAGAUGCCCGACAACGACAAAGAGUCCGACGACGUGCCAUUGGCGGCGAGGUUGCACCUCAAUCCCGGCGCGCGUCCUUUCGUUCCUACCAGGUCGAGGACAUCAACGCCUGCAUUGCAGUCUGCUCCGUCACCGGCGCCACCUCCACCAUCAACAGAGGACGAUGACAUCGAGAUGGGCGAAUUGGCUGAGGAGCCGAAGGAUCUGAAGGCGAGGAGGAAACCGCGGGAAGAGGAGCUGGAGGAGGGUGAGGCAAGUGACAUGAGCAGUGAGCUGUCUGACCCUCCUGACGAUUGAAGAGUUGAUGUCGCGUCGUUGUUCUGCUCUACUUGCUUUGAAUGACUCCCGUACUCUCUUUAGUUAAUUAUGCAAUUCUACAUCGAAACUCAUG